AUGGACACGUUAGACAUCCCAGAACCCCAAGUACUCGUGCACUAUCCCAAUGACGAGGGAGGCAUGUUCUGGCAUCACCGUAUUCUAGUGAAGAAGAUCACGGCGGGGGUGUGGAUUGCGAUUACCCCCGACUUAGAGCUUGUGCGUCACAACCUCUUAGAGCAGCGCCACCUCGUCCUGGAGCGCAAUUCCAUGUUCCCUGCGAAUCGUCGGGGCGAGGUGUAUGGAUUCGACCCUGUGCCUCGAGCUGAGAUUCUGGCUCUGAAAAGGCAGGCUGCAGUUCAGGCAGCAAUGUUGGGCGACGGCGACCAUGACGUUGAGAUGGAGAACUUCGUUUGGGUCGUCGCAGAGGUAGGCCAUUCACGGUUCGCCCAGCCCCUGGUCGAUGCAGAGUUAGACCAGGCUUCCUUGGGGCAGUCCAAGGGCGUGGCGUUGGUGAGUGGCCUCGAAGUGUUCAUAGAGAAGGUUCAGAGCAAUCAGUUGCAAGAGUGGAUGACCUCACGCAGCUCGGAGGGUGGAGACCUACGCACUUUGGGUGACCACCGGGACUCCGCAGGCCGCCGUCAUCUGCCACUUUCAGACGCUAUAUCCCUGAUGCGGGAGACGAGCUUCGACGAUUGGGCCAUGCCUGGACCGCGGGUCGCCAAGGAGUGGCUUGUUUCAGUUCGGGAUGGCCCUGGAGAUCUUUCUUCUUAUCACGGACAGUGGGUUCGCCGUUCGGGAGUCAGCGAAUCCUCAGCGGUGGCCCACAUUCAUGACGUGCUGUGCGAGUCGGUGCGGCUGGCCAUUCAGACAGACCAGCUCGACGUGACGAACUUGUUGAGUUUCGAACUCAUCAUGCGCAGGAUCUGCCAGGAUGAGACCGCGGUGGCUCGCAACCCUCGCCGUCCUGACUACGGUGGGCUGGAGGUUUUGCUUCGCGCUCCGACCACCGAGCAAUGCCAGGCGAGCACGAACAAGUUCACGGAGUGGGUCACGGGCCGUCUCAAGGAGCAGGCCGCGAUCUACAAGCAGACUCGGUUGUGGAACGAGGAGCAGCGGGCCAUGCAGAACUCUCGUGCCCCUGCAGACUCAGCUGGGGCCCUUGCGGACCUCGACCUCUCCGUGGGUGGCGAGUCCGUCGACGGGGUCGGCAGUGUGAUAGGCUGGGGCCCCCGCGGGAACGAGGCCGAUGUCGAGGACUGUUUCUACAACUUCGCCAUCGAUGGCUUGGCGGAGUGGUUCGGUUUCGACGACCCGCUGCCCGCCGCCGAGAUCAGGGACACGUGCGGCGUCAACGUCGGGGCGUUCUGGGACCCCGAGCUGAACACGAUGGUCUCCGUGGAGGACGACAUGGUCUUGUAUCCGUGCAUGCGCGCUAUGUGCAUGGGGUGGUCCUGGGCUCUGUACUUUGCGCAGGAGGCUGUGUCCGCUAUGACAGAGCGGGCGCUGCGCUCGUCGUCUCUACCGACGCCUGCCAUGGUGAAGGAGCAUCAUCCCGCCCCCGACUUGAAUGAGUCUAAGGUCAUGGGAAGCGUCUACGUGGACAACAUCACCGUCUUCGGCACGGGCGCUUCUCUGGCUCGUGAGGCGAGCUCCGGCCUGCAGGCCGAAGCUGACCGAUCUGGUUUGCCUAUCACGUGGUCCUACCCUGAUGUGGUGACCCACCUCGAGACCGUGGGUGUUGAGAUCGACCUCAGGAAGGGGAAGCUUCGCAACAAGGCCUCCCGAGUGUGGCGUUUUGACUUGGCCACCCGCGCUCUCCUGCGUCGUGGCAAGACGCGAGGAGAGCACAUGGAGGUCUGGCUGGGCCACGCUGUAUCGCUCCUGAUGCUGGCCAGGCCCGGGUACGCCGCGCUUUCAGCCACGCACCGGUUCGCCGAGACCGCUUGGGGCGUUCGGGCUCCUCUGCCGCGCGAGGUCAUGCACGAGAUGAGGUUGGUUGCUGGGCUGGUCUGGCUCGCUGAGGUCGACCUGGCGGCGCCCUGCGUGCCGCGCGUCUACGCCAGCGACUCCGCUGACAACGGGCACGGCCUGAUGUACAAGAAGGCCACGGUCGAGAAGAUGCAGUCGGCCUUCCGCUGGAAGGAGAAGUGGAGCUUCAGGCAGCACCUCCGUGGCCCCCGCGUUGGUUUGACUUCGGCCGCCGAUGUCGCUGAGAUGGGCGGCUACAGAGAAGCAGACGAGACGCAGCUGGAUCACGAGGUGGAGCCCCGUUGCCGCUCAUCCGAGCCGAACGCUGGCUCCGCCCCUGCCGCGGCCUUCGGCCAGUGGCUGCAGAGCAAGGCCGAGGAGGGCUCUGCCCUCGACGGACCUCGUCGGCCUCGCCCUCGGCGUCUGCGACGGCGCCCAGCCGACCCUGACGAUCCCGACGCCGAGUGCCUCGGUCAGGUUGGCCCCCUGGCGCCGCCGCUGCCCGCCUCCUGGUUCGACUCGGAGGGCUUCGAGCUGGUGGCAGCAAGGCGCUGGCGCUGGCCUGGAGAGCACAUCAAUGUGAAGGAGACCCGUGCUGCAGUGAUGGGGCUGCGGCAUGCCUGUUGCGUCCGCCAGAAUUGCGGACGCCGCCUAGUUUCUCUCGUGGACUCCAUUGUAUGUGUUGGCUGCCUGGACAAGGGGCGGUCCAGCCGCUCAGCAGCUUUGAACGCACAGUGCCGGCGAGCCGCGGCCUACGCAAUCGGUUGUAGAGUGCGUUGGAGGCUGCGGUAUGUCAACACAACGUUUAACGUGGCCGACGCUCCAUCUCGUCGGUUCGAGCACAACUCCCCCGACAAAGGAAAUCGAAGCCUCUCUGCGUCGAGUGUCCCGUCCGCCUUCUACUUCGACACCUUCGGUGACCAGUCGGGCCAGGGUUUCUUGGGGCUGUUCUCGGGCGAGGGUGGGCUCUCCAAGGCGUUCGAGGAGCUCGGCCUGUCUACUUGCCCCUGCAUGGACAUCAAAGAUGGGGCUCACUAUGACCUCCUGGACCCGAAGGCGGCUCAGGCCCGCCUGACGGCGGGGACCUGGAGGCCCGGCUUCGCGAUGCUGCGCGACGGCCGGCUUCGCGCGCCCGGGAUCGCCUCCGACCAGCUCGGCAGCGGCUUCAAGCGGAGCCUGACCUCGGGCUCGCUGGCGCCAUCGACUCAGCCGACCUCGAGAGCAGGUUUGACCACCUGCGGCCUUUCAUCAUCUUCGGUCAGGACUCCAACCUCGAAGCAGCAAGGAAGCAGGCAGCCCGCUCGAGGAAAGGCCCGAAAGGUCGCUGGCCGCCGCUCCCGCGUCUCUAGUUUCGUGGAGGCGAUCAAGGGCCGCAACCUGAGCUUCGGGCCGGCGGCGCCAGUCCCUGUGGAUGGAGGUGUUGCCCGUUUCGGCUCGAUCACCUCGACGUCGCUGGAGCGAUAUGGGACUGCCGUUCAUGACCUCAGACAAGCCCCAGAGUCCGUUAUCGAUCAGAAAAUGUGCAAGUACUUCGAUGUCCUCAUGAGUGAUGCUCGACAUGCCGCUGAGGGACGGUACACACUCUGGGGGUAUCUGACCUUCUUCCCACGGCCGGACAUCGCCAAGUCCGCCCGCCUCGCGAUGGCUCGUGAGGCGAUGAAGGGCUGGGUCCGCAGGUUCCCUGGCUCCUCACGACAUCCGUGGCCGCUCUCAGUCUUCUAUUUGUUCAUGAGUGUCUUCCUGAAAGACAAUCACACCGAGGCUGCCGUGGCCCUGGCCAUCCAACCAGACGCCUACCUGAGACCUUCUGAGAUAUGCGAACUGCGGUGGUGCUCCGUGGUUCAGCCCUCGAAGCUCUCAUCUUCAUUGUCAAGAAACAAGUGGGCUGUUGUCAUCGGUAACUCAGACCUCGGUGAGACCACAAAGACUGGUGAGAGCGAUGACACUGUAGUUCUCGACUCUAUCGGCCGUGAGUGGGUGGGCUCCGUGCUUCAGAUGUGGGCUAGGCGCCAUAAGUCUGACACCUUCUGA